GCGCAUCGCGACCGUCCUCCUCGCGGCGUCGUCCCGCGCCAUUCCUCCUCGUCCUCCGCGCGUCUCACCUCCUGCAUUUCGGGCUCGAGGCAGCGCUCACUCGGCGUUCACAAGAGGCGAGGCAUGUCCAUCAACAUCGACAGGGACGCCUUCUUCCGGCGGAUGAACAAGGUCUAUUCGGCCUGGAAGAAAGCAGAAAACAACAAGGAAGAUGGCUUUGGGAAGGCUGAUGCCCUGGUGUCAACAGUGGGGGCAGACCAAGAAGUUAUUUAUUCCAAAUCAACAGCAACCCAGACAUGGCUUUUCGGAUAUGAGCUUACUGACACCAUCAUGGUCUGCUGCGAAAAGGCCGUUUACUUCCUUGCAAGCAAAAAGAAGAUCCAAAUCCUAGAAUGUUUAGAAAAGCACAAGGAUGAAAACAGCAAUGUUCCUCCAGUCAAGCUGCUCAUCAGGGACAAGAGCGACAAAGACAAGGCCAACAUAUCCAAGUUGGUCGAUGCCAUUAAAGGAAGCAAGGGAGGCUCAAAGAUUGGUGUGUACGCAAAAGAUAAAUUCUCUUCGGAGCUGAUUGAUGCUUGGAGAAAAGCAGUAAAGGAAGCUAAUUUCGAACAGGUUGAUAUGAGUGCGACCAUGGCCCUAGUAAUGUCUGCAAAAGAGGAGUCUGAGAUUGCUAUUAUCAAGAAGGCUAGCAAUGCAACGGUUGAUGUUUUCUCCAAGUACCUCAAGGAACAGAUUAUGGACAUCAUUGAUAGAGACAAGAAGGUAAAGCAUGCCAAACUUGCUGAGGGAGUGGAGCAAGCCAUGACUGACAAGAAGUAUGUGGGUAGCUAUGACACACAGCAGAUAGAGCCUUGUUACCCUCCCAUUAUUCAGUCUGGAGGAAACUAUGCCCUGAAAUUCAGUGUUUCAAGUGACAAAAAUCCUAUGCACUUUGGUGCCAUUGUCUGCUGCAUGGGUGUCCGCUACAAGAACUAUUGUUCCAAUAUCUGUCGAACUUUCAUGGUCAACCCGGCAGGAAACAUGCAGAAGGAUUACGAGUUUCUUCUUGAGCUUUUUGACAAGAUGAUUAAUAAAUUACAGGACGGGGUCAAAUUAUCUGAUGUAUAUGAUGAAGUAUACAAGCAUGUAAAGAGUAAGCGAGAAGAUUUGGUUGAUAAGUUAACCAAGGCAGUUGGGUUUGGCAUGGGUAUCGAGUUCCGUGAAUCUUCACUUUUGGUUGGACCAAAGACGACUUCAGCAGCCAAGAAGGGACAGGUCUACAAUGUAAAUCUCGGUUUCUCAGACCUCACAAACUCCGAGGCCAAAGACAGUGAAGGGAAGAAGUAUGCUCUCUUUAUUGGUGACACUGUAGUUGUCAAUGAGGGCCAACCAGCAACGGUCCUGACCGCAUCAAGCAAGAAGAAGCUGAAGAACAUUGGUGUUUUCCUCAAGGAUGAUGAUGAUGAUGGUGAGGAGGAAGAGGAUGAGAAGGAAGACACUUCGGAGUUGCUGGGAAGAGGGAAGCGCACUGCCAUUCUGGACUCCAAGCUGAGGUCAGAGCAAUCAAUGGAAGAAAAGCGUCGUCAGCACCAGAAGGAGUUGGCAGUGAUGAUGAACGACGCAGCAAAGGAGCGUCUGGCACUUCUGAAGGGCAAGAAGGAAGACCAGAAAGUCCGCAAAUCGACUGUGUCUUACAGAUCGGCAAACCUACUCCCUAAGGAACCAGAAAUUGUUGAACUGAAGAUCUUUGUUGAUCGCAAAUACGAGACUGUCAUCUUGCCCAUCUAUGGCCUGCCGGUACCUUUCCAUAUAUCCAUGAUCAAAAAUAUUUCCCAGAGCGUUGAGGGAGAUUACACAUAUCUCCGAAUUAACUUCUUCCACCCGGGUUCAAACAUUGGUAAAAGUGAUGGCUUAUUCCCUAAUCCCGAUGCUGUCUUCUUGAAAGAAAUAACAUACCGUAGUACAAACACAAAGGAGCCCGGAGAGCUCUCUGCACCCUCCGCAAAUCUCAACACAGCAUUCCGAUUGAUCAAGGAAGUGCAGAAGAAAUUCAAGACAAGGGAAGCCGAGGAGAAGGAAAAGGAAGAUCUGGUCAAACAGGACACACUCAUUGUCUCCAAUAACAAGUCUAACCCUAAGCUGAAGGAUUUGUAUAUUCGCCCUAACAUUGUGCAGAAGAGAAUAAACGGUACACUGGAGGCACAUACAAAUGGCUUCAGAUAUACAAGUGUUCGUGGUGACAAAGUAGACAUCCUGUACAACAACAUCAAGAAUGCAUUCUUCCAGCCCUGUGAGGGAGAGAUGAUCAUUCUUCUUCAUUUCCACCUUAAGCAUGCAAUCAUGUUUGGCAAAAAGAAACAUGUAGAUGUACAGUUCUACACUGAAGUGGGUGAGAUCACAACAGAUCUGGGCAAGCAUCAGCACAUGCACGACCGUGAUGACUUGUCGGCAGAACAGGCAGAGAGAGAAUUACGACACAAACUCACAUCUGCAUUCAAGAGCUUUACAGAGAAGGUGGAAACAAUGACAAAACACCAGAUUGAAUUUGACACCCCAUUCCGUGAGCUUGGUUUCCCUGGUGCUCCCUUCCGUUCUACUGUUCUCCUGCAGCCAACCUCAGGGUGUAUUGUCAACUUGACUGAGUGGCCUCCGUUUGUGAUAGUGUUGGACGAAAUAGAAUUAGUCCAUUUUGAAAGAGUCCAAUUCCACCUAAAGAACUUCGAUAUGGUGUUUGUGUUUAAGGAUUACACCAGAAAAACGGCCAUGAUCAAUGCCAUCCCAAUGAACAUGCUUGAUCAUGUGAAAGAGUGGCUCAACUCAUGUGAUAUCCGGUAUUCCGAGGGCGUGCAGUCGUUGAACUGGGCCAAGGUUAUGAAGACCAUCAUUGAUGACCCUGAUGGUUUCUUUGAGCAGGGUGGAUGGUCUUUCUUAGACCCAGAUUCUGAAGAUGAAGCCGACCAAGAGGAAGAGGAGGAUUCAGAAGAUGACGGUGCUUACAAUCCCACUGACGAAGAACUCGGCUCAGAGGAGGAGAGUGAGGACUACUCUGAGGGAGAGUCUGAGGUUUCAGAGUCAGACUACAGUGAGGACCUUGGGAGCAGUGAGGAGUCCGGCAAAGACUGGUCCGACUUGGAGAGGGAAGCUGCCGAGGCGGACAAGGAGCAGAAGGACUUCCAGGACGAGUACACCAAGUCCAAAAAGGGCAGUGGUGGCGGGAGCAGCUACCGCGACAAGUACAAUGAGCACCAUCGUAAGAGAUUAAGCAUGAAGUCCUCCAUGAAAUCGAACAAGGAAAGGCGUUUGAGCAAUUCAAAACACAAAUCCUCCAAACAUGACAGCAAACAUCACAAGUCCCACAAGAGUCCGCACAAGUCCCCGCACAAGUCCUCGCACAAGUCCCCGAGCAAGGACAAGAGUCGACACCAUUCCAGCAGCAGUAGUAAGCAUUCGGACAAGAAGAGGUCGCGCUCUGACUCGGGAGACAGACACCGCGACAGUAAGAAAAGCAGGAAAUAAAUCCAGAUACUGGACUUUAACAGUUCCUGGUUAAAACAGUGAAGGCUGACAUGGCAGAUCUUGCAUCUCUGGUAGAGUGAUGGUUUCUGAGUUCUUGAUGUUUUAAAUCAAGAUGUUUCCUCUGCAUAUGUGCAAAGCUCUAGGCAUAAUUUCAAGGUCUGAUGGCAUGCAGGGGAACCAAUCAUUCACUUGCAUCAUAGUCUUAUGUAUUCUUGUAGCCCAUGAUAUUUUAGAUAUUUUUGUGUAAGUGCUUGGUGCUCUUACCAAUUAGAUAUUCUUAAGGAGGUUCGAAUGCCCCAGUUCUUAGCAGUGGUUGCGUAGUAGGAUGACUGAGGAAUGGAAAGAGAUUUGAUGUAGAGUCUGGAGUAUGCUGAUCUAGGAUUACAAAAUGUCAGGGUCUCCAACGGGUGUCUGGUUAGAUAAAUUAAGUGAUGUUGUGUGGCCUAUUUAAGCAGUGUUUUUGCUUGAUUUCAAGGAGAAUGAUGGAGGAUAAAUGUUGUAAACUUGUAAUUAUAUUCAGUUGAUGAUGUAGUGCACAUGGUAUUGUUUCACACUUCCAGUUAUACUGUGCAUAUCAAUUUUAGAAGAUUUCAAAACAUUUCUGUUUAAAUAUUAGUCUGGUUUCAUGGAUACACACUAAUUUUGCAACAUCUAGAAGUCAAGAUCUUAUGUUCCUGUGAUGUGAAGGGCACAUUAGAGGAAGGUCUGCACACAAUUACAAGGUAAUUGUUUUAAUUAUUUUUGUACCAUAGGAAAAGAAUAAUUAACAAAUGUUUUGUUGUAUAUUCAUGUUUUAAUGUUUUUAGUGUAGAUUGGCAUAGGAACGUCACUUCACUCCAAGAGUUGGAUAUGGGAAAAUAACUUGACCUGUAGUUAUAAGCAUUGCUAAGUUUUAGUUGUGGGUUCAAUUUCUCAUUAUGAAGCAAAUUUAUUUUUUCAUUUUAUUAUUGGUUCUGUUUUGUUAUUUUAGAGGAAUAAUAGGAAACUCAAAUAUUGCUUAGCAAGAGCAUUGUAUGUGUUACAGAUAAUCACUAUUUAAAGGAGUGGGAGGUCACUUUAUGUGAGGCAAGUUAUAUUUCCAGGCAUGUAAACUGGUACGAACAAAGGUUUAAUGUAUUGCAUUUUAUAUUCUCUCCCAGUGGAAAGUAAAAAAAUAUUUCUUAAA